AAACAGCCUCGCAGGCUUUUCCAGCACUUCCUCUCUGGUCGCAGCUCUCCUACUCUCCUCACUUUUCUUGCUAAGCCUUCCUUUCCUCGCACACUUUACAAAAAAACAACUUUUUUGUGUUUGGGGAAAAAAAAAGAGCGGCCUUUUCCUUGAACUUGUCCUGCACUUUUGCAGCAUCAAGUUGAUCGUGUCGGAUGGAACCGUGCAUGUGAUGGAGUAAUUCCUGGACCAAAAGAGCCAAAGCAAUGCAGUGAGUCGAUGAGACACAACAAAGAGGUACAAUGAAAGACGACUUUGGGGAAGAGGAGGAGGUGCAGUCUUUUGGCUACAAGAGGUUCGGAAUCCAGGAAGGUUCCGAGUGCACAAAGUGUAAAAAUGACUGGGCCCUGCGCACCGCCAUCGCGCUGCUCUACGUGCUCUGCGCCCUGCUCACAAUCGCCGUGGCCGUCCUCGGUUACAAAGUGGUCCAGAGAAUGGACCACGUCGCCGAAGGAAUGCAGAAAUAUGGCGGGAAAAUCAACGCUGUGGAGACCGACUUGAAGAAACUUGACUACCAGACGGAUGAGAAGUCGGUCAACGCCACCAGUGACAUUAAGACGUUCAAAUCGGAUCUGGAGGCCCUGCAGAGCCAGCUGAACGAUAUCGACAUCAGGUCCACCCAGAACAGGGACGUGCUGAGUGAACUUCAGCUGACGGGCGACAACACGCAGGACAGCCAAGUCUCCUUGCAGAGUUUGCUAAAGGGCAACGCCGCCUCGCUGCGCAGCGUCAACCGGACUUUGACCUCCUACGGCGGCGUGAUCGGCGACCUGCAGACCGACACGGCCAGACUCCAGUCCGAGAUCCAGGGUCAGUUCAAAGAGCAGGGUCGGUCUCAGGUCAGUAUCAGCGCGCUGAACAUCACGCAAGCCCAGCAGCGCAAUGCGCUAAGCUCGCUGCAGAAGACGGUGGAGGACGCGGGGCAGGCGGUGCAAAAACUCAAGAAUGACUAUCAGACGCUACAGCAGACAGCCAGACAAACCCGUGCGGACACCGUCUGGCUCAAAGAGAAAGUCCAGAAUCUUCAGAUCAUGGCGGCAAACAACUCGGCGUCCGCGCGGUCCAACGGCGAAGCCUUGGAUGAUUUGGGGGCUCAGCUUAGCACGCUAGCGAGCCAGAUCCAGAACACCUCCAUCCUCACCGAAGGACACGAUCAGAACUUGCGGGAACUCAUGGACCAUCAGAGAGACCACGAUAACGCCACCUCGUCCAAGUUCGAUGCGAUGGAAGCGCGCCUUGACAGGCACGAGAGCAACAUCGAUCGCGUGACGGGCAACGUGAGCUUCGCCGCGCAGCUCCUCGGCACCAUCAGCACGGAUCUCAACAGCCUGAGGUCGUGCGCCGAGACGGUGAUGCGCCACUCUGACGUCCUGGUGGACUUGAGCAACAGCGUCGGCGAGGCCAAGGACGAGAGCAGAAACCUGCGCGCCCAGCAGGAUGAGCUGGUGGCUCGACUGGACAAAGAAGUCAACGGCUUGUCUAUGGUGAUGGAAGAGAUGAAACUGGUGGAUAGCAAGCACUCACAACUCAUCACCAACUUCACCAUCCUCCAGGGUCCACCAGGUCCGAGGGGCCCCAAGGGAGACAAAGGGUCCCAGGGCCCAGGAGGCCAGUCAGGCCAGAAAGGUGAUAAGGGUGACAAGGGGGUACCAGGUAUGGUAGGAGUGAAAGGAGAGAAAGGUGCUCUUGGCCCACAAGGUGCUAUAGGUCCAAAGGGUCCACCUGGCUCGCGAGGCCUUCCUGGGGCUAAAGGAUCAAGAGGACCCGGGGGUCGACCUGGAAUCCCCGGAGACAAAGGCGACCCUGGAUCUCAAGGUCUUCCAGGCAGAGAUGGACUAGCGGGUUUGCAAGGGCCCCAAGGACCACAGGGUCUCAGGGGUGCUGCGGGACCUGCUGGGUUAGAGGGGCCACGCGGGCCUGUUGGACCCAUCGGUCCUCCUGGUCCUCCAGGAUUACCUGCACCGGUGCCUCCGACUGUUUUGAAGUUACCGAAGCCCACUGCAGCUCCUGAACCAACUGCUAAACUACCAAGCGCGGCAACAGAGCAGGUUCAAAUGCCACAGCUUGCCCCCACUUCAGAUCCUGGUUGGUCUCACGUUAGCAUACCUGAACACGACAUAUACCGAAAAAGUUCAUUGUCAAGAAGUCGAUCGACCGCUUUGCUUUUAGGUUGUCCGGCAGAGUUUAGGCGGUUCGGAGACAGCUGCUAUUUCGUCUCUGCCGCCACUCUGAAGAUCAACUACGAUGAAGCCAGCACUUUUUGUUCCAACAUGGCGGCACAUUUGCUCGUUAUUAACAACAAUGAGGAACAGGUGUUUGUGAAGAACAUGGUCACAGGCAAGGGCUUCUUCUGGCUGGGUCUGACUGACAGGGAAGAGGAAAAUGUGUGGAAGUGGGUGGAUGGAAGCAUACCGCUUUUCAAGAAAUGGAAUCCGGGCCAGCCUGAUAACUGGACGCACGGUCACGUGCACGGCGAGGACUGUGCCGGUCUCAUCCUAAACGGCAACUGGAAUGAUUUCUACUGCACCGAGCGCUUGGGCUUCAUCUGCGAACGGACCGCCAGUGCGUCAACUCCGGUUUCGUAGCAUCAUCGUGGACUUGCGUGCGGAGCAGUCAAGUUUGUGGGAGACAAAGAUGAAGAAGAGAGGACUUUGUUGCAAAAAUUGAGUUUGACUUGGAGAGACUAAAAAGCACUUUCUGUGGUGCAAAAGACACACCAGCCCAUCUUGGUCUGUAUUGAUGAGCGAAGACCUCGAGGAUGUGUAUCAUCUAAUUCAUUCGUCAACGCAACCGCCUUAGUUGCUAAUCAUGUCGUUAAUCUUUUUUUAAUCCGAAGAUAUACAACAGACACUAUAACAGGAACCAGCCAUUUAAAAGGAAAGCUCAAUGUGAACUGUGCUGCUGUUUUAAUAGAAGAUUAUUUUCCCCCCUUAACGUGCCAGUACCCGAGGCACAAAGACACAAUAUGCAUUGUUAUACGGUAUAUAGGUAUAUAUUUUUUUACAAGAUGAUUCAUUUACCAAAUACCAAAUGUAGCAUGCCAGGCGCUUGUUAAAUACAUAAUUAGUUUUAUGUAUAUAUAUAUAAUUGAUAUUUGCCAAUUUGUGUAUUAUUCAGGGAAUACUGUAGUUAAAUUAGCGCCCUUGAAAAUAACAAUUCACAACAUUCACUGCAAUAAAAUGUUUUUAUGGCUCAUCAA